AUGGGAGAGCAGGAGUGGAAAAGAGGGAGCCAGGAUGGGGGAGGGGGGGGUGGGGUUGGUGGGGGAAAAGGGGGGGGGGGCGUGUCACUAAGACAUGAUUUCAAGGAUAUCCUGCUUAGAAUGAUUGUUAAACAUUGUGUUAAAAUCACGGGUACGAACAUGGUGGACAGAAGUUACCUAUACGUUUACCCAGCUGGAGUAGCGACUGAGA